AUGGCUACUUACUUUUUGACUUUUGUAUCUUCUUUCAUAUUGAGUGCUUUUAUGUUCGUGAGUUUCGACUGUUUUGUCAUAGCGGUGAGUGCGAGACAUCUUUUGGAGAUGCCACUAUCCAAGGUGCCUGAAGAGCUUCCGAAGCCAGAAGUACCCAGUUUGUCAAAGCUCGAACUUCCUCCAUUGCCGAAGGUUGAGUUACCUCCUUUGGAAAAGCCUAAAGAGUCCGAAUUGCCGAAAUCUGAGCUCCCAAAAUUAUCUCAAUUGUCUAAAUUUGAGGUUCCCAAAGUACCAAAAUUGCCCAACUUGCCUAAACCUAAACUCCCUAAGUUGCCUGAAUUGACACCUCUCCCAAAGCCUGAUUUGCCUACCCUUCCAAAGGACAUUCCUAUCCCUUCCUUCAACCCAUCACAUACAUCUACCACUAAACCUUGA